AUGGACAGCCGGAGCUCUGGCUGGUCUGAGGAGGCGAGGCCAUGGCGGCCCCCGGCGCGGCCCUGGAGCCCCGAGGAGCUCCGCGGAGACGCCCUGCCCAAGAAGGAGAUCGUCCGCUUCCUGCAGGAGCAGGCGGCGCACAAGUUCCUGUCAGAGCACAAACUACUAGGACAGAUUAAAAAUGUGGCCAAGACGGCCAGUAAGGAGCAGCUGAUCACGGCAUAUAACGAGCUCUUUGAAACCAAGAGAUUUAAGGGUACUGAGAGUCCAGAGCAUGUAGCAGAGCAAGUGAAAAAUGUCAAGAUUGAUGAGGAGAAGCCCAAGGAGACGAAGCCUGAGGAAGCUGUGGAUGAGGGCCCCCCAAAAUAUACAAAGUCUGUACUGAAGAAGGGGGAUAAAAUCAACUUUCCCAAAAAGGGUGAUGUCGUUCACUGUUGGUAUACAGGGAAGCUGCAAGAUGGAACCAUCUUCGAUAGUAAUAUUCAGACAAGUUCAAAGAAAAAGAAAGCUGCAAAACCACUGAGCUUCAAAGUCGGCGUUGGGAAAGUGAUACGAGGCUGGGACGAAGCUCUGCUGACCAUGAGCAAAGGGGAGAAGGCUCACCUGGAAAUCGAACCGGAAUGGGCUUAUGGGAAGAAAGGGCAGCCAGAUGCCAAAAUUCCACCAAAUGCAAAACUUUUCUUUGAAGUGGAACUGGUGGAUAUUGAAUGAUGGGUUGCUCCUCCUGGCCCCCCAUCUUUGAAAACUGUGAAGAUGCUCUCGGAAGUCCAGGAAAUGUGUUUGUGGCCUUGUUUCUCACACAGCAAGGGUGGGGGUGAAAAAGCUUUUAUUCCAGUUGCUGUGUACAGCAUCACUUUAACUAAAGACUGGUUUAUAUACAUG